AAAAGAAGAUACUCCAGAGUCCAGUCUGAGUCCCGCGGGCCCACCCAAAUGCUUCCCCGUCUCCUCCCGCCCCGCCGCCUCCUCCUCCGAACCCUACCCCGGGCAGCCGCCGCCGUUGAUCUCCAACGGAGGCCGUGCUCUUCGUCGUCGGCGUGCAGCCCGAGCCUGUCGAUAUGGCGGAGGAAGAAGGAGAUGGGGAAGGAGGGCCUCAUGGCGGUGGCGCAGCUCAAGCGGCUCGCGGCGCUGCCCCCGGCCGGGGGCCACCCUCGCCUGGAGCAGUUCAUGCGCUCGCACGUCUCGCGGCUCCUCCGCACCGACCUCCUUGCCGUCCUCGCAGAGCUGCUCCGCCAGGACCACGUCAUUCUCUCAAUGAAGAUAUAUGGUGUUGUGCGGAAAGAAAUCUGGUACCGUCCCGAUAUGUACUUCUACCGAGACAUGCUAUAUAUGCUAGCCAGGAACAAGAAGAUUGACGAGACAAGGCAAGUCUGGGCAGAUCUGAAGUCUGAAGAUGUGCUCUUUGAUCAGCACACUUAUGGCGACAUUGUGAGAGCCUUCUGUGACGCUGGCUUAAUUGACCUGGCAAUGGAAAUUUACGAGGACAUGAGAAGCUCUCCCGACCCACCUCUCUCAUUGCCAUUCCGUGUCAUCUUGAAAGGCCUGGUUCCGUACCCCGAACUGAGGGAGAAGAUAAAACAAGAUUUCCUGGAACUUUUCCCUGAUAUGAUUGUAUAUGAUCCCCCAGAUAGCUUAUCAGAUGUAGAUGACGAAUUCAAGUUUUGAUGAAAUGUACAUCCUUACGUUCAUGUUCCCAGGCUUCCUGGAGUUACAUCAUAAGAUCAUUAAAUGGCCACCUGAUCAACUUGUGGUUCUUCCCUGCAUUGUAGCGAAAGCUCCAUUUCCCUUUGUUCUCUUGGCAGAUCAGAUCAGUUGUAAAUGCAGUUGUUAGUUAUUUUACCCUGCUCAAGAACUAGGUGUAUCACCAAUUUCUGUCUUGGUGAAUAAUGUUUGUUAAUCUACAGCUUGAGAAUUAGAGUCCUCCAUUAGCUUGUCA